AUGAAUAUGCCACAGAAUCGUAUGUGGAUUAAAAUGGAACUGAGAUUGUUGGGGACUAUACAGCUAAUGACUAGCCUGAUUAUACAGAGCCUGGGAUACUUCUGGACAUACCUGUUCUUUUCUCAAAGUUUUGCAUUUGGACUGACAAGUGGAUAUCUUCCUCUCAUAGGAGCUUCAGGAUACUCACUUUGGGCCUCUUUGUUUUUUAGCCUAUCAGGAAGCUUUUCAAUAGCAUUACAAAGGAGGCCUUCGAAUUACAUGCUGAUUUGGACUAUGACAAUGAACAUCUUAAGCAUCUUCGCAACACUAAUAGGUGUGUUUUUAAUAGCAAUCGAACUGAUGAUGACUGCAGAUUUAGAAUCUCCUUUGUGGCAGCAUAGAAGUGGUAGGAUGCUUACAGAAUAUCUCUUCCUGUUCACUAUCUUGGAGAUGUUUGUGGCAUCCAUAGUAACUGAGUGGACCUAUAGAGCAAGAUACACAGAAGAAUAA